CGUAACGUCUGGAAUCAAGUAGUCGUGAUCGAGAGAGCGGAGUAAAACACGUCUGAGUUGCGGACGAAAAAUGAAAUACUUUACCUUGUUUAUUUUUGCGGUGCUGGUGGUGUCGGUGUCCUGUCGGCCUGACAAGCAGGACCUGAAACAGCUGAAGGCGGAAGCGGCGCGCAAGAAAGCCUGCACCCAAGACUGUAGCAGCGCUAAAUUUGAACCCAUCUGCGCUGGCAAGCAGGGCGAGAAGCCCAAGUCGUUUGGCAGCGAGUGCGUCAUGAACAAUUACAACUGCGAGCACAAAGACACACUGCACAAGAUCAGCAAAGGUGAAUGCCCUGGGUCGGAUGGUAUCCGCUUAUCUUAAGAACACAACUUCUUAUACAAGUUUCAAUAUUAUCGUUGUUGUAAACUCAUAGCUUUGCUCUCUAAAUAAAUUUAAUUUGCUUAUUAUUAAUUUAUAUACAGCUUGUAUCAAAGUAACUGUGAUGUAAUAUAGGAAUAAAAAUG